UCCAUCUCUCUUUCUCUCUCCUUUGCAUUUUCAAUCUCUGACGCCAUGGCUGUCGCUCAAGCUACCAAAUCAGUGAAGAAAGCUUCUGCUAAUACGAAGAAACCAUCCAAGUCUACUUCCUCUCAUCCUCCUUACAUCGAUAUGAUAACCGAAGCACUGAUUUCACUCAAGGAGAGAACAGGAUCAAGUCACUACGCAAUCGCGAAACACAUCGAAGAACAGCAGAAAGUUCGCGAUCUUCCUUCAAACUUCAAGAAGCUUCUCUUCAAUCAAUUGAAGAAAGGUGUUGCUUCUGGAAAACUUGUUAUGGUGAAGAAAUCCUUCAAACUUCCUUCUGGAACAUCGAAGAAGUCUCCAGUAACUGCUCCUGUUGCUGAAAAGCCAAAGCCAAAAGUCGCAGCGAAAAAGCCAGCGAAAACUGUGGUUUCAGCGAAACCUAAAACUGCGAAGAAGCAGAAAAUCGCCGUAAAAGUUGCUGUGAAGGUCGCGAAAUCUCCGGCGAAGAAGAUUGCGCCGGCGAAGGCGAAGAAGCCAAAGAGCAUCAAAUCUCCGGCGAAGAAGAUGAAGAGUAUCAAAUCGCCGGCGAAAAAGGCGACUGCGGUGAAGAAAACUACAGCGAUGAAGAAGACUAAGAAGUGAAAUUGAUGAAAUUAGGGUUUAUUUAUGGUUAAAAUUAGGAUUUGUGGUUUGUAAAUUUGUCGAUAGGAUUAAGGUUUGAGUUUUAGAGAUGAAGGAUGAUAACUGGUAGUUAAAUUACUUAGAGUUUUGAUUUAGUAAAUGGUAAUGAAGAAAAUCCUGACUUUGGAUUUCUGUGAUAUUAGGUUUAUGAAUUUGAUGUUUGAAUCUCUUACAUUUUAUCUUAGUUUGAUUUCUAUCA